GCAGCAAGAUAAGUUGGUUGUCUCUAGCAGGCGCACACGACGGGGACUUGACGUCUUGUGAAAUUAAGCUGCAAACAUGGUGCUUAAAGCUGUUUGUGUGUUGAAGGGAGCUGGGGAGACCACCGGGGUAGUUCAUUUUGAGCAGGAGAGUGACUCGUCUCCCGUGAAGUUGUCAGGAGAAAUCAAAGGCCUUACUCCUGGUGAGCAUGGUUUCCAUGUCCAUGCUUUUGGAGACAACACUAAUGGGUGCAUCAGUGCAGGUCCUCACUUCAAUCCCCACAACAAGAAUCAUGCCGGUCCUACUGACGCAGACAGGCAUGUUGGAGAUCUGGGCAACGUGACUGCAGGAGCUGAUAAUAUUGCCAAGAUUGACAUCACAGAUAAGAUGCUCACCCUCACCGGCCCCCUCUCCAUCAUUGGCAGAACUAUGGUGAUCCAUGAGAAGGCUGAUGACCUGGGGAAAGGAGGCAAUGAAGAGAGUCUAAAGACUGGUAAUGCGGGUGGACGACUGGCCUGUGGUGUCAUUGGCAUUACCCAGUAAAUAACCUGCCAGAAGGACGAGCACUGGAAAUAGCCUUUUCCCAAUGCACUUAGAAGACCAACAUAGCUACUUAUAUGACAAGUUUGUUUCUUUGUAAUUCUCUUGUGGCUUUUUUGACUAGUUGAGAGUAGAUGAACCAUGCUUUCACCUGUCUGUCUUCUCACUAUUGUAUGUUUGGGUUUAUAUGUCUGGUUUGGUCCCAAAGAACCGGUAACGCACAAGUAGAACACAUGUAUACAGUUUGCAAAGUCAAUCAAUAAAUUGUCCGUUCCUCUCAAA